UAGGAAGCCCAUCUGGUUUAUAAACUCAGGGUUAGUGCGUCCUGCAGCCUGCACAGUGCAUGACCGCCCCCUCCAUAGAUUCAAAUGGCUUGCUGUCUGAAGGACGAGCUCUUGUGUUCCAUUUGUCUGAGCAUUUAUCAAGACCCAGUCAGUUUCGGCUGCGAGCACUACUUCUGUCGUAAGUGCAUCACUGAGCACUGGAGCAGACAGGAGCGUCACAGCACACGAGACUGCCCGGAGUGCAGGAGGACCUUCACGGAUCCCCUUUUGUCCCCGAGCCUCAAGCUCUCCAACAUCGUGGAGAGGUACGCCGCUUUCCCUCUGGACGCCAUCCUCAACGCCCAGAGGAACUCGUACCCAUGCAAGGACCAUGAAAAGGUCAAGCUCUUCUGCUUGAGUGACAAGAGCUUGGUGUGCUUCUUCUGUGAUGAGCCCGCCUUACACGAACAGCACCAAGUCACCAGCGUCGACGAGGCCUAUGAGGAAAUACAGAGGGAGAUGAAGGAGCAGCUGGUGACUCUACAGGACAGUGAGAAGGGUCAUACAGAGGCUUUGCAGCUACUGCAGAGGCAGCUCACCGAAACCAAGUCAUCAGCGAAGAGCCUUCGUGCCACAAUCGGCGAUGCGUUUGAGCGACUGCACCGUUUCCUGCGCGAGCGGCAGAAGAGCACGCUUGAGGAGCUGGAGGCGGAUACGGCACGCACGCUCUCUGACAUCGAGCACAAGAUCCAGCGCUACAGCCAGCAGCUCCGUGACGUCAAGGAAGGCAUCCAGAUCCUUCAGGAGCGACUCAGUGAGACCAGCCGGCACGAGUUCUUGGAAGGAAUAGCCCUGACGUCAGACAGGGAGCAAGUGAUUCGUGGAGGGUAUUGCUGGUGGAAGCUACCAAGAAUAAAGGGAAAGAUCCAUGAAACGAACCUCACCUACGAAGACUUUCCGACAUCCAAAUACAUGGGGCCCCUACAAUAUACAAUCUGGAAGUCCCUUUUUCUGGAUAUAUCACCAGUGCCUGCCGCUUUAACCAUGGACCCCAUCACUGCUCACCAGCGGCUCAUACUGUCGGACGACUGCACCAUCGUUGCAUACGGGAACCUGCACCCACAGCCGCUUCAGGAUUCGCCACGCCGCUUCGACGUCGAGGUGUCAGUGCUGGGUGCCGAGGGCUUCUCCGGGGGCGUCCACUAUUGGGAAGUGAUGGUGUCCGAGAAAACCCAGUGGAUGAUCGGUGUGGCCAAUGAGACGGUGAACCGCAAGGGCAGCAUUCAGAUCCAACCCAGCCGAGGCUUCUACUGCAUCGUCAUGCAUGACGGGAACCAAUACAGCGCUUGCACCGAGCCCUGGACGCGCCUCAACGUAAAGAGCAAGCUCGAGAAAGUGGGCGUCUACUUGGACUACCCCAAAGGUUUGCUGGUUUUCUACAACGCCGACGACAUGUCCUGGCUCUACACCUACCGAGAGAAGUUUCUAGCCAAACUUUUCCCAUACUUCAGCCCCGGUCAAAGUCACGCUAAUGGAAAAAAUGUGCAGCCCUUGCGAAUUAACACAGUGCGUUUAUAGAUACUGAGUCAGCAGAGAAGUUUUUGGGAUAAAAAGAAGAAACUGAAAAAACUAGGGUGUAUAAUAAAGUUUCUUUCUUUCAGCUUGCCUCCUUAGGGCACUCGGUGGGUAGCCGACAUUGUACUGAAUGAAGCGAUCUGACUGAUGGAUUGUGACGUAAGGCUCUGAACGCCUGGAGUUGGUAAAUAAAAUGGAGAGCCUUGCACUUUUCUGUGAGGUGCCUAUGGGCGUUUUGUACAUUCACUGUUGCUGGUCAUUUGUAAUCUUGCCGUGGCCGCCUUGCUUGCCCAAGAUUUCCCAGCUGCUCGUACACAAUACCCCGACUUAUGUUCCCUCAGCCCCUGCUGGGUCCAAACGCUCCUUUCAUGGCUCUAGUCUGGAAAAAAGAGCUUAUCUGUUGUGCAGACAGAAAUAAGAAAUGUGUUGCCUGUUUCGUUUUGUGCAAUUGGCUUUGGUGUGUUUGUGGAGUGUGUCCAGCGUCAGACUGAGGUAGUGCUGUACGAACUUAUUACUUUAUUUUUGUUCCUGUAACUGCAUGAACGGUGAGUGGAAUAUCGUGUUCCUCAGGUCAUGCUUAUGCUUGCGACAGUGAUGGUGUUUGACCCCCCAGCCAUGUUGGCGUGUUUCUGUAUGCGUGAACGACUGUGUAUGUUUUUAUUCCCUUUUAGUCGAGAUUUAGGGUUCGAAUGCCGCUAACGCAUCUGCUGCUAUCAUAAAAAAGGGACUUUGCGCAUUUGUACAUAUCGCAGGACAGCUUUACCUUUGCUCAGUGACAAGUGCGUCCCCUGCGCCUUCCUUUUCCCUUUAGCUUGCUAUUGCUUUUAUUUAUUCAUCUUGUGAUUUACUUUCUAGAACAUUCCAGAGUUUGCGGUCCCGGGACGUCUCAUUAGGAUGGCCGAAGUGUUAAAUUGGACGCUGGGUCAUCUGUCAGCUUUGUCACAUCAAAUCAGGUGAUAAUAGUGCGAGAUGGUUAAAGACAUUUCCAUUUCUGAGAAUCUGCAUCCGUUGCUCUUUAUAAAAGUGUUGAGUCUAAUGUAUGUCUAAAUGUAUUUUUCCUUACGAGUCAAUGGCUUUUUUAAAGGAUAUGUGUGUGUGUAUAUAUAUAUAUAUAC